CUUCCAAUUCUUCACCAAUAUUAUCAGUCUGGAGACUAUAUAAUCGCUGCCAUUAUGUCACAGAUCUAUAUAUUUCCAAACACCAUAAACUUCGAUAUGCAUCCAUCCCAAGACGUCUCUGAUGCUGACCUUAUGCUAAUGACGCAGCUCUAUCAACACAUCCUGGCCUUGGUAUUUGCUAUAAAGGAGAUAAACGAAAAUCCCCAGAUCUUACCUAAUGCAACAUUGGGAUUCCACAUCUAUAAUAGCCAUUUCAGAGCAUGCCGGACCUAUCAAGCCUCAUUGGAACUACUCUCUAGAAGGGGCAGAUUCAUCCCUAAUUACAAGUGUGAUGUUGAGAACAUUCCAGUAGCAGUCAUUGGGGGACCUAACUAUGAAUUCUCUUUCCACAUGGCAAACAUACUGUGCAUGUACAAGUUGCCACAACUCCUCUAUGGCUCUUCUCCUGUGAUGAAUAACAAAGCUCAAAACGUCUUCUUCCAUCGAAUGUUUCCUGUUGUGGCUCUUCAGUAUCAGGGUAUUCUCCAGUUACUGCUGCAUUUCAGCUGGGUGUGGAUUGGGCUGAUUUCACAAGACGACAACAGCACAGAGAGAUUUGUCCAAAACGUUCUCCCCAUGUUUGCCGAAAGAGGUAUCUGCUUUGAUUUUAUAGAAAGAUUCCCCAAACUUACGUUUUCUGCUCAGUUCUCUGAGAUGGUGGAUGAGGGUUCUGAAGUUAUCAGUGUUGUUCUGGGGAGCACCGCAAAUGUUGUGGUCAUAGAUGGUGAGGUUCAUGCCAUUAUGGCAAUGAGAAUGAUGCCUGCGCUUGCAGAAAUCGAGGGCAUACAAGUGCAAUUCAAGGCAAAAGUCUGGAUUAUGACAGCCCAGAUGGAUUUCACUUCGUUCUCCUUCCAAAGGGAUCGGGACAUAAAUUUACUACAUGGUGCUCUGUCCUUUGCAAUUCACUCAAGGGAUCUUCUAGCAUUCCAAAAAUUUCUUCAGAGGAGAAACCCCAUUACAGAAAAAGAAGAUGGCUUUAUCAGGGUCUUCUGGGAAGAGGCAUUUAUCUGUUCUUUUCCCCAGAGACAUUUAGAUGACAGACAUGGGGAAUCCUGCACUGGCAAAGAGAAGCUGGAGACUCUUCCUGGAUCUGUUUUUGAAAUGAGCAUGACUGCCCAUAGUUACAGCAUCUACAAUGCUCUAUAUGCAGUCGCACAUGCUUUGCAUUCCAUCCAUUCAUCCAAACACAGAGCAAUGAUUGAUGGCGAGAAAUGGGAGAUUCUAUAUCAAGAGCCAUGGCAGCUCCACCACUUACUGAGAGGUGCCUCAUUUAACAAUGGUGCUGGGGAAGAGUUCUCCUUUGACCAAAAUGGUGAACUAGCAGGUGGCUUUGAUAUUAUCAACUGGGUUACAUUCCCAAAUCAAUCAUUUCUUAGAGUCAAAGUUGGUACAAUGCACCCGCGGAUUACCCCAGACAACAGGUUCAACAUUCAUGAUUAUAUCAUUGUAUGGCCCAGCACGUUCAACGAGGCACAACCCCUUUCUGUGUGUAAUGAGAAUUGCCAUGUAGGCUAUAGAAGGGCUAAAAAGGAAGGAAAGCCAUUUUGCUGCUAUGAUUGCCUCCCAUGCCCAGAAGGGAAGAUAUCAAACAAGAAGGACAUGGAUGACUGUUUUGAAUGCCCAGAAGAUCAGUAUCCAAACAAUGAACAGGAUGGAUGCCUUCCAAAGCAAAUAACUUUCUUGUCUUAUGGAGACUAUUUGGGGGUCAUUUUGGCCACAUUUGCUCUAUUAUUUGCUUUUAUCACAGUUUUUGUGUUUUGCAUCUUUGUGAAGAACAAGGAGACUCCCAUAGUUAAAGCCAACAACAGGAGCCUAACCUAUGCUCUCCUCAUCUCCCUCAUUCUCUCUUUCCUCUGUGCUCUGCUAUUCAUUGGCAAACCACAUAAAGUGACAUGCCUCCUUCGACAAACCACUUUUGGCAUGAUCUUCUCAGUGGCAGUUUCUUGCAUAUUAGCCAAAACCGCCACUGUGGUUCUAGCUUUCAUGGCCACCAAGCCAGGGUCAAGGAUAAGGAAAUGGGUAGGGAAGAGGUUGUCAAAUUCUAUUGUACUUUCCUGCUCCCUUAUCCAAGCCACCAUUUGUACUGUGUGGGUGGCAACUUCCCCUCCAUUCCUGCACUUUGACAUCCAUUCAAUGGCUGAAGAAAUUGUAUUGGAAUGUAAUGAAGGUUCACUUGUCAUGUUUUACUGUGUUCUAGGCUUUAUGGGUUUCCUAGCCUUUGUUAGCUUCACUGUGGCUUUCCUAGCUAGGAAAUUGCCAGACAGUUUCAAUGAAGCCAAGUUCAUCACCUUCAGCAUGUUGGUCUUUUGCAGUGUGUGGUUGUCCUUUGUUCCAACCUACCUGAGCACCAAGGGGAAAUACAUGGUGGCUGUGGAGAUUUUCUCUAUCUUGUCCUCCAGUUUGGGGUUACUUGGCUGCAUCUUUUUGCCAAAAUGUUAUGCUAUUUUGCUGAGACCUGAGUUGAACAGCAGGGUGCAGUUAAUAAGAAGAAAGAACUAA